GGCGGAUUCUUUCAGUGUCACCCGAAGUUGAACUUGCCUGAGGGCUCUUGUCACUGAUACUGUGCAGCUUUCGAACUGAUUGCACUCGCAGUCGCGGCUGGGUCGACUCGAAAGCCAACAACAGCUCUCCUCGUGCUAGACUUACACCGCGACAACUCACGUAGGAUUGACUCCGAGCUGCUACUUUAUCAACUGGAGGAGAUUAAUCGGCUGGCUAAGGAACGGUACAUGUCCUCGGACGUGUCCACUCUUCAGUUGACAGAAUACAAACUUCACUCCGUGAUGGCCGAUAUCGACAUUUCGGAGAGUUUGAGCACUCGAUUCUCUAGACUGAUGCAAGGAUGGAUGGGGACCGGCGAACCACACUUGCAUUCUGGAGCGGUGAACCUCUCACCAGAGCAGAUCAACCGUGCAUCGAGGAGAUUGCAGAUCAUCCUCGAUGGACUGAAGACAUGCUGCCCCUUUGCUCCUAGGGAUGCCGAUGACGUCCUGCAGACGGAACAUAUACUGCAUCAUCUUCUGGGCCUGCCUCUUCCGCUCGUAUGGGCGGUGUUCGACGAAGCCGAGUACUGGGUUCGCUCUGUCGCGCAUUGCGGACCCCUUAGUGUCGCCGCGAACAGCGCAGCGAUGGAGGAGUCGCUAUGUUGCACGGCGAGGAUUCCAUCGUCCGUGAAGCAGUACAGACCUCUGCGCAGGAUCGUCUUUACAAUCGAAUCUCAUGAUCAAGGUUGGCGAUCCUCCAACGACAACGGAUCCUGGACCUGGUUCGAAGCGGGCAGCUAUACCGUUUCAGAGCGGGUGAUCAUGCGCAACCCUCCCGCCAGCCGCGACUUCGAAACGCACCGCAUCCAAUGGGACCUCGCCCUGAAUGAGGACGGGACCGGAGCAGACGCUGAACUGCAGCAGUGGAUGAGCCGCUUCACUGGCGGAGAGGAGCUUUCCGUUUUCGCCAGGGCUCAGUAUCAAGGAUGGUCGAACCACGUACGGAGAGUGCAGUUGGAGCUUUACUGCGCAUGCGUCUAGUGACUAGUUGUAACGCCAGAACAAGCUUGUUCGCGGGUGCUUAUUGAACCGGAUGGCUUAGUGAAUGGAAACCACCAAUGUUCACCACUGGCAUAGGUAAUUGAGACAUCAAAGCUACAAUAAUACUUACUCACGUCGGUAGACAACAUAUGAGCUGAUCUGUUUUGUCACACUGUAGUAGUACUAACCAAC